AAGCUCCCUCUCAGCUCUUGUUUUCAGUUCCCACUUCCCACACCAAUCACCACAUACUCUAUCAUCACAAAAAUGGCCACCUCAGGCUCUGUAAUCAAAAUAAACCCAUCAGUAUCUUCUUCUCCAACUACGGUGCCCAGGAAAAGCCUCAGUUGCAGAAAACAGUUCUCCGUAAGAGCAUCGGCGGUUGCCGGCUCAGACGGAGAGGAAGGAGGAAGAAGAGGGAAGACGAUGAGAAGGAGAGAUAAAGAGGGGGCUUGGGAGAUUGAUUUCUCCGGCGAGAAGCCGCCGACACCGUUGCUUGAUACAAUCAACUACCCAGUUCACAUGAAGAAUCUCUCAGCACAGGAUCUUGAACAACUAGCAGCUGAGCUAAGAGCAGAUAUAGUGUUCACUGUGGCAAAGAUAGGGGGACAUCUUAGCGGAAGCUUAGGAGUUGUGGAGUUGGCUGUGGCUCUGCACCAUGUUUUCAACACCCCUGAAGACAAAAUCAUAUGGGAUGUUGGCCAUCAGGCAUACCCACAUAAGAUUUUGACAGGGAGGAGAUCAAGAAUGCACACAAUUAGGAAAACUUCGGGGCUAGCAGGCUUUCCUAAGAGGGAUGAAAGCAUCUAUGAUGCUUUUGGUGCAGGCCAUAGUUCUACAAGCAUCUCUGCUGGUCUUGGUAUGGCAGUUGGAAGAGACUUGUUAGGCAAGAAUAACAAUGUGAUUUCUGUGAUUGGGGAUGGAGCCAUGACUGCAGGACAAGCAUACGAAGCCAUGAACAAUGCAGGGUUUCUUGAUUCUAACCUGAUUGUGGUGUUGAAUGACAACAAACAAGUCUCCUUGCCCACUGCUACUCUUGAUGGCCCUGCUACUCCUGUUGGAGCCCUCAGUAGUACCCUGGCCAAGAUCCAAGCUAGCCCAAAGUUCCGAAAACUCCGUGAGGCUGCAAAAGGUAUCACAAAGCAAAUUGGACCACAGGCACAUGAAGUGGCAGCAAAAGUAGACGAGUACGCAAGGGGUAUGAUUAGCGGUUCUGGCUCGACUCUCUUCGAAGAGCUUGGGUUGUAUUACAUAGGUCCAGUUGAUGGGCACCAUAUAGAAGAUUUGGUAACCAUUUUUGAGGAAGUAAAAGCAAUGCCAGCACCAGGUCCUGUUCUCAUACACAUAGUUACCGAGAAAGGGAAGGGCUAUCCACCAGCUGAGGCAGCACCUGAUAGAAUGCACGGGGUCGUCAAGUUUGAUCCGAAAACAGGAAAGCAAUUUAAGCCCAAAUCCCCUACACUUUCAUAUACCCAAUACUUUGCUGAAUCUUUGAUAAAAGAAGCCGAGGUAGAUAAGAAGAUUGUAGCCAUCCAUGCGGCAAUGGGUGGUGGGACUGGCCUCAACUACUUCCACAAAAGGUUUCCAAAUCGAUGCUUUGACGUGGGUAUCGCAGAGCAACAUGCUGUCACAUUCGCAGCCGGUUUAGCCACAGAGGGUCUCAAGCCAUUCUGCGCUAUCUAUUCAUCGUUCCUGCAGCGGGGCUAUGAUCAGGUGGUGCAUGAUGUGGAUCUUCAGAAACUACCUGUUCGAUUUGCAAUGGACCGAGCUGGUCUAGUAGGUGCAGAUGGACCGACUCACUGUGGAGCAUUUGAUGUCGCAUACAUGGCUUGUUUGCCAAACAUGGUGGUCAUGGCUCCCUCCGAUGAAGCAGAACUGAUGCACAUGGUGGCCACAGCAGCAGCCAUUGAUGACAGGCCUUGUUGCUUCAGGUUCCCAAGGGGUAAUGGGAUUGGAGCAGUCCUUCCUCCUAACAACAAGGGAACACCAAUUGAGAUUGGAAAGGGGAGAAUACUGAUGGAAGGCGAUAGAGUUGCUAUUCUGGGAUAUGGGACAAUAGUACAGCAGUGUGUGGAAGCUGCCGGCUUUCUUCAAUCCCAAAACAUAUAUGUGACAGUAGUCGAUGCAAGAUUCUGUAAACCAUUAGAUGCAGAUCUCAUCACAAGAUUAGCAAAUGAACACGAAAUCUUAAUAACCGCGGAAGAAGGUUCUGUUGGAGGUUUCGGAUCUCAUGUUUCUCACUUUUUAAGCUUAAAAGGCCUUCUGGAUGGACCCCUAAAGUUGAGGUCAAUGUUCCUCCCUGACAGAUACAUCGACCACGGUUCACCCCAAGAUCAGAUUGAAGAAGCAGGUCUCUCUUCGAGACACAUCUGUGCGACAGUGUUAUCGCUAUUGGGAAAGCCUAAACAAGCUCUUAACUUCAAGUGAGUACUCAUAUUUAAGCAAGCUUGUUCUUCUAGUCAAGAAAAGAUCAUUCACAUCUCCAGAUUGUUCUUCCGGUUUGGCCUUACGAGGGAAGAAGCAGAAUUUUCAGCUCAAAAGCUUAUCUUUGGUUCUAAGAGGGUGAGGUCCAAGUCUCCUUGAAAUUGUUUCGCCAUCAUCUCGUCGUGAAUUUCCAGAGAUUUGAAAUGAUGAAGUCAAGGUGUUUCUGUAUAAUAGAUGAUCUCUUUAUGCAAUUUGAACCAUAUGUGAAUCUAACUGUAAUCUAACUUUUCUAUAUGGAGCCUCACAUGGAUCAAUCACUGGAGGAA